AUGGCGCUGCGCGGGAUCUGCGUGGUGGAGCUGGCGGGCCUGGCCCCGGGCCCGCUCUGCGGCAUGAUCCUGGCCGACUUCGGGGCGCAAGUGGUACGCGUGGACCGGCCCGGCGGCCAAGGGGACGUGAGCCAUCUGUCCCGGGGCAAGCGCUCUGUGCUCGUGGACCUGAAGCAGCCGCAGGGCGCGACGGUGGUGCAGCGCCUGUGCUCCCGGGCCGACGUGCUGCUGGAGCCCUUCCGCCGGGGUGUCAUGGAAAAACUCCAGCUUGGCCCAGAGGUUCUACAGCGGCAGAACCCAAAGCUCAUCUAUGCCCGCUUGAGUGGCUUUGGCCAGUCUGGAAAGUUCUCAGGAGCAGCAGGACACGAUAUCAACUAUUUAGCUCUGUCAGGCGUUCUGUCGAAACUUGGCGUCAGUGGUGAGAGCCCGAGUGCCCCCCUGAACCUCCUGGCCGACUUUGCUGGUGGCAGCCUCAUGUGCACGCUGGGCAUCUUGAUGGCCCUGUUUGAGCGCACGCGCUCGGGCAAGGGUCAGGUCAUUGAUGCCAACAUGGUGGAAGGGACAGCGUAUCUAAGUUCUUUUCUAUGGAAAACCCUCAAAUUUGGACUGUGGGAACAGCCUCGAGGCCAGAACCUGUUAGAUGGUGGAGCGCCUUUCUACACAACGUACCGGACCGCUGAUGGGGAGUUCGUGGCUGUUGGAGCGUUAGAACCCCAGUUCUAUAAGCUGCUGAUCGAAGGGCUUGGGCUAAAUCCUGCCGAACUUCCCCCCCAGAUGAGCAUGGGGCACUGGCCAGAAAUGAAGAAGAAAUUUGCCGCUGCCUUUGCAAAGAAGACAAGGGCCGAGUGGUGUCGGGUCUUUGAUGACACCGAUGCUUGUGUGACUCCGGUUCUGAUGCUCGACGAGGCUGCCCACCAUGACCACAGCAGAGAGCGGGGCUCCUUCAUCACCGACACGGAGCAGGGCGUGAGCCCACGCCCGGCGCCCCUGCUCUCCAGAACCCCCGCUAUACCUUCCUUGCAAAAGGACCCUUUUGUAGGGGAGCACACUGAGGAGGUGCUUAAAGAAUUUGGGUUCAGCCAGGAAGAAAUUGGUCAGCUGAGCUCCUCCCAGGUCAUUGGAAGUCACAAACAGAGAGCUCAUCUCUGACCAGGGAAGCCCACAGCCGGUGACUGCGAAUGAUGCGUUCACAGCCUCCAACAGCGCAUACAAGAUGAUGUAUGUGGAACGUGGAAGAGCCAGGUCCCAGCAUUGACCUCGAGUGGAGCCAUCUCAAAGACGUGAUUACCAAGGAAUGAUAGCGAAGCUUUGGAGUUAGAAAUGGUUUGCGGUUUUCAUAAUUUCCUGAUGGAAUGCCUAACGGGGCUCCAAGAAGCAUGCAGAAAAACGGAUUGUGAUGAGUUGUACGAUCCCCUAAUAUAAUGAUUAUUUAAUAAUAGUAAAAAAAAAAGAUGGAAUUUUCCCAGAAACUUUUGGAAGUCUCCUGGAUAUUAAAGAUGUACUAUAUGUUUUAAAUUAAUUAAUAUAAUGUACCUCAUUAAUAAAGCUUGCAUAGUUUUGAAAGUU